GCGGCAGCGGAGGUUGCUCCGCAACUCCUUUAGGGGCCCUGGGACUCCCGGCUGGGCCAGUCCAGCGCUGGGUUGGUGGAGUCUCGUGCACCUCCCGCGGGGCCCUGGACGGGGAUCCCUGGUGCCCAGAGUUACCAACAACUUUCUCCCCUCCCUGGCGCGACGCGGGUGGCUCCGGGAUCGUGGCCGCCGCAGGUUGCUGAGCCCCGGCCACCCCCCCCCCCCCUGCACCUCGGUGUCAGGCUCCCGGAGGUGGUUCCCUCUCUCGGGGUGCACCCUGGGGUCCCGGAUCUCGGCUCGGCGGGCGAGAUGCCUCUGGGACACAUCAUGAGGCUGGAUCUGGAGAAGAUCGCCCUGGAGUACAUCGUGCCUUGCCUGCACGAGGUGGGCUUCUGCUACCUGGACAACUUCCUGGGCGAAGUGGUGGGCGACUGCGUCCUGGAGCGGGUCAAGCAGCUGCACUACAACGGGGUCCUGCGGGACGGCCAGCUGGCGGGGCCGCGCGCCGGGGUCUCCAAGCGGCACCUGCGGGGUGACCAGAUCACGUGGAUCGGGGGCAACGAGGAGGGCUGCGAGGCUAUCAACUUCCUCCUGUCCCUCAUCGACAGGCUGGUCCUGUACUGCGGGAGCCGGCUGGGCAAAUACUACGUGAAGGAGAGAUCCAAGGCAAUGGUGGCUUGCUAUCCAGGAAAUGGCACAGGUUAUGUUCGCCAUGUGGACAACCCCAAUGGUGAUGGACGCUGUAUCACCUGCAUCUACUACUUGAACAAGAAUUGGGAUGCUAAGUUGCAUGGUGGGAUUCUGAGAAUAUUUCCAGAAGGAAAGUCAUUCAUAGCUGAUGUGGAGCCCAUUUUUGAUAGACUUCUGUUCUUCUGGUCAGAUCGUAGGAACCCACAUGAAGUCCAGCCUUCCUAUGCAACCAGAUAUGCUAUGACUGUUUGGUACUUUGAUGCAGAAGAAAGGGCAGAAGCCAAAAAGAAAUUCAGGAGUUUAACUAGGAAAACAGAAUCUGCCCUUGCUAAAGAUUGACUGCUCUGAAAUCUGCUGGCUUCAUUCAUUUUGGAAUGGUUCCUAAACUCUCUUUAAGAGUUGCGAUCCAAAGAUGGCCUCCUCAAGUGACCAUAAAUCCCCGCUACUGCUUGCGUGCUUCCCACCCCUGUCUAGUGCGUCUUCUUGCCAGGUCUGCACCCACCUCAGAUGCCCUCUUCACCAGAUGAGCUCAUUUUCUAACUUCAUCGUCAUUGGCCAGCAGUUUAAUUGAAAGACUUGGGGAUACCAACUAUCAAAACACGAUCCUGGGACAUCGGAGUGAAUCCCGCUUGCACUUUAUGUAUACUUCCUGAUCUGAGAGGAGGUUUUG